AGUUGCUGGGAGUGCGCGCGCUCGGAUCACACGGCGGCUGCGGAGGCUCAGAGCCCUAAGCGCGGAUAUUUCGCCCCGCGGCCUAGGCCGAGCACUCUCACUACCCGAGGACCAGGGAACCACAGCCUUCAUCUCAGAGGUACGGUGCUAAGCGCUCCCCACUCGGCCCGGCCCUGCCUGCUGUGGCGGCGCCUCCUUCUUCCUUCCCUCGCUCUCUCGCUCACCCGCCCGCGCCUUCCCUGCCUGCCUGCGUCACCGCGGCCGCCAUGGCUGAGAACGGCGAGAGCAGCGGCCCCCCGCACCCCUCCCGCGGCCCUGCUGAGGCCCCAGGCUCGGCCGCUGCCCCAGUCGAACCUAAAAUCAUCAAAGUCACGGUGAAGACCCCCAAAGAGAAAGAGGAGUUCGCGGUGCCCGAGAAUAGCUCGGUCCAGCAGUUUAAGGAAGCGAUUUCGAAACGCUUCAAAUCCCAAACCGACCAGUUAGUGCUGAUUUUUGCCGGAAAAAUCUUAAAAGAUCAAGACACCUUGAUCCAGCACGGCAUCCAUGAUGGACUGACUGUUCACCUUGUCAUCAAAAGCCAGAACCGACCUCAGGGCCAGUCCACGCAGUCUAGCAAUGCCGCGGGAACUAAUACUACCACGGCAUCGACUCCCAGGAGUAACUCCACACCGAUUUCCACAAAUAGCAACCCAUUUGGGUUGGGGAGCCUGGGAGGACUUGCAAGCCUUAGCAGCCUGGGCUUGAGCUCGACCAACUUCUCUGAGCUCCAGAGCCAGAUGCAGCAGCAGCUCAUGUCCAGCCCAGAGAUGAUGAUCCAAAUCAUGGAAAAUCCCUUUGUUCAGAGCAUGCUCUCGAAUCCUGAUCUGAUGAGGCAGCUCAUUAUGGCCAAUCCACAGAUGCAACAGUUGAUUCAGAGAAACCCAGAAAUAAGUCACCUGCUUAAUAACCCAGAUAUAAUGAGACAGACCCUUGAAAUCGCCAGGAAUCCAGCCAUGAUGCAAGAAAUGAUGAGAAAUCAAGACCUGGCUCUGAGCAAUCUUGAAAGCAUCCCAGGUGGUUACAAUGCUCUAAGGCGCAUGUACACUGACAUUCAAGAACCUAUGCUGAAUGCUGCACAAGAGCAGUUUGGGGGUAAUCCUUUUGCUUCAGUGGGGAGCAGUUCCUCCUCCGGAGAAGGUGCACAGCCUUCCCGCACAGAAAAUCGAGAUCCACUACCCAAUCCAUGGGCACCACCACCAGCUACUCAGAGUUCUGUGACCACCAGUACCACCACCAGCAAUGGGAGUGGAUCUGGCAGUAGCUCCAGCAAUACUACUGGGAACACGAUGGCUGCAGCCAGUUAUGUUGCCAGCGUCUUCAGUACCCCAGGAAUGCAGAGCCUGCUGCAACAGAUAACUGAAAACCCCCAGCUGAUCCAGAAUAUGUUAUCUGCACCCUACAUGAGAAGCAUGAUGCAGUCCCUGAGCCAGAAUCCAGAUCUGGCUGCACAGAUGAUGCUGAAUAACCCGCUGUUUGCUGCAAAUCCUCAGCUGCAGGAGCAGAUGCGUCCACAACUCCCAGCUUUUCUGCAGCAGAUGCAGAAUCCAGACACACUGUCAGCAAUGUCAAACCCAAGAGCAAUGCAGGCUUUAAUGCAGAUCCAACAGGGGCUACAGACAUUAGCCACAGAAGCACCUGGCCUCAUUCCAAGCUUCACUCCCGGUGUGGGGGUCGGGGUACUGGGAACCGCCAUAGGCCCUGUAGGCCCAGUCACUCCCAUAGGCCCCAUAGGCCCCAUAGUCCCAUUUACCCCCAUAGGCCCUAUUGGGCCCAUAGGCCCCACUGGCCCCGCAGGUCCCCCUGGCACCACUGGCUCUGGUGGCCCUGCUAGCUCUGGUGUCCCAGCUGGGUCCACGGUGUCUAGCUCUGCAGCCAGUGAAGCCACGAGUCCAACAUCAGAAUCUGGACCCAACCAGCAGUUCAUUCAGCAAAUGGUGCAGGCUCUGGCUGGAGCAAAUCCUCCACAGCUGCCGAAUCCAGAAGUCAGAUUUCAGCAACAACUGGAACAGCUCAACGCAAUGGGGUUUUUAAACCGUGAAGCAAACUUGCAGGCCCUUAUAGCAACAGGAGGCGACAUCAAUGCAGCCAUUGAGAGGCUGCUGGGCUCCCAGCCAUCUUAAUUACAUUUCUGUACCUUGAAAAAAAUGUAUCUUAUUUUUGAUAAUGGCUCUUAAAUCUUUAAACACAUAUACAUACCCGUGCUUUACUUUCAUUUUGAAUCUUUUAAAUCUGUCUAGAUAUAAAUCUAAUACGCAUUUUAAGGUGUAGUCCUUUCCUUCCCUCCCCACCUCUCCCCUUCCCUUCCCUCCCAUAUCCCUCCACUUCCCUCACCUCCUCUCUCUUCCCUUUCCCUUCCCUUCCUUCUCUGUUGUGAAUGGUGGGAAUCAAUUCUGUUUCGCUCAAAAGUGCUGCAUGCAAACACUUCUCUUCAUUCUGCAUUUAUAGUGAUUUUUGGAAAUAGGUAUCAGCCUUUACAGCUGGGUGAACAAGUUUUGUCCUACAGAUGUCCAGUUUAUUUGCAUUUUAAACAUUAGCCUAUGCUAGUAAUUUAAUGUAGAAGGAAGAUACUAGAAACAUUAUUUGGAGCUCUUAAUUUGUUGUACAAUAUUGCUUAUUGUGAGUUUGGCAUGUAUUUUUGCUAGCAAAAUGCUGUAAGAUUUAUACCACUUACCUUUUUUUGCUGUAUUUGUACACAGUAUAGUAAGCACAAUUGGAAAUGUGCAUCUUUUAGAAAUACUACAAUAGUCUGAGCAGAAUAAGUGUAACCAAAAUGAGAAAGAAUAAAAUAAAUAUUUCUGAAACUAAGUAUUUCUCCCAAUUUUGUAGAAUCUUACAGCAUCUUCGAUAAACAAAGUGAAAAUGUUGGUUAGGCAAGUUCAGUUAAAAUAUAGUAGAAAUGUUUAUUCUGGUUAUCUCUAAUUAUACAUUUAAUUGUACAGGAAACUUCCAGUGUAACAUUGUGUCAGCAUUCACAGAUUGAAUAUAUAUGAUCUUAAUCUUUGUGCAACCUGAAGGAUCAUUGUAGUAAUGCCAGGAAAGUGCUUUUUACCUAAGGCUUUCUUCUCAGCUUCUCCCAUAAAGAGACCCUAAUAUGCAUUUUAAUUUGUAAUUGGAAAUGUAACUUUCCCUGACAGUGUCAUGUGAUGUUUGAAUUACUUUUAACUGCUAUGUAUAAAGGAAACUGUAUCUUUUGACUUUAUCAGUUAUUUCUCUUGUGCACAGGAAAAAUGCAUUUAAAAUGACUUAAAAAAAAUAAAAAAUAAAUUUAAAAAAUGGA